UUUCCCACAAUUCAAAGAGACAAACAAAAAGCUCGUAGUCGCGUUUUAAAAUCAUUAAGUCAUAAAUAACUAUUUUUUGUUGUUAUUGUUAUUAUAUUUUUUAUGUUGUAAUACUCAUGUCAUUUUAAAAAUUCAUCAUUUCACAUAAUCGAUGUGAAUGUACUGAACUAUUGUAAGGAUGUGUUCUCAUAGAGCUUCACGAGGAGCAUGUCACUGAUCCUGUUUGCUUUUGUGGUCCGGGUCAGGGACGGACUCCCUCUCUCCGCCUCCACUGAUUUCCUGCAUAACAAGGAACUUCAGGAGAAAAAGCAACAGAUUAAAAUCAUCUCGAAAUCCUUGAAUGUCUUACCAGAGAGAGGGACAGUCAAGGGCCAUGAGCUCAACAUUCACUUCCUCUCAUGUGAGGGUGUGUCCUACAUGAGCGUAUGUGCCUGCACGCUCCCUGCUGCCACGGCCUUCUGCUUUUUGGAGGACCUGCGCUGGGAAUUCACAGCAUGCUUUGACAACUCUGCAGUGGCCAUGGCAAACAGGCCGUACCCAUUUCUGGAGUUUGAUAGUGCCAUUCAAAAACUUCAGCAGCAUUAUAACCAGAAAGGGGGUCCGUCUCUGGAGGUGACCCUGGCUGAAGUGCAGGAAGACCUCCGAAGCAGCCCCCCUCAGGUUCUCACCAUGGAGGACGUGGUUCUCAGCAAUGGAGCUGCUAAUGGACAUGUGGAGCAAACAACUGCAUCAGGCCAGAGUCAGAGAUUGGAGCCAGUCUCUGCACCCGGAAUCCUCUCACUGGUUCUUAACAUCAUGUGUGCUGCGCUCAACCUUAUUCGUGGUGUUCAUCUUAUCGAAUACACCUUCCAGGAUGAUUAUGAUGGUUUGUGGAAUGUGGUGGCAUUUCUUGUGGCAUUUCUCUGCUGCGUUUGCCAGUGUCAUCUGUACUUGUUCCACACCUGCCAGAAGAGGCUGAAAUCCUUCACUCUCCUGACUCUCAUCGUCUUAUGCAAUGCUUUUCUCUUCGGCCCAAGGAACAUCUGGCAGCUGGUCUUCCACCUGUCCGUGGCCUGUCUCUCCACACUGCUCACCCUACACCGCAAACUGCAGGACAGAAACACGGACUGUGGAGUAUGAGGACUUCAGCCAGCUCUGGGUGAGGAUCAAACACAUCAGAUGAGACUGGCGACCUCAUGGCUCACAUAAACUGACAUCUGAUUUUCCCCUGACUUUUGACUUUUGCUUUAAUCUAAUGGUAAGUUUAUUAUGUAUCACAUGAAUGGUGAGUGCAAUAGCUUUUUUUGGCAGGGGUCUUCAGUUACAUUAUUGCAUAUCAGAAAGUUUUACAUAACUUAUGUUGUGAAUGUAAUAUGAGGAAUUCAAUGAAAAGAUAUGAAUUUGGUUCUGUUAAGUUAAUGUUAUUUAAUUUAUUUGCUGCAAAAUAAGAAUACUUAAAGUUGCUUAAGCUAAUUUAUAGUGUUGGAUAGUUCAAGCAAACUUUAAAGAUGAUUGAUAGCUGAAAUAGUGGUCUUUGGCACUUUGAGGGUCAAAAAAUAUAUACAGGGAAAUCAACAUUUAUACUUGUGGUUCCUGAUGACAUACUGGUCUGUUAAGUAGUGAAAUUAUGUGCACAUUUUCACCUAAAAAUAUUCUUCAAUGAUGUACUGUAGAAAAAAGUGACCUACAUUUUUGUGACCACACCUAAUAUAAAAAAAAACCGGGAGAUUUAGAUUUUAGGAAGAACUAUCAAUUUCAACUUUCAUUAGUUUAAUUGUUGCUAUAAAUGAACUGAAUGUGUUCUGGUUUUGAGUCUGUCAUUUUAAUUUAUGAAGGAAAUUUAGUAAUUAACAAACACUUUGUUUUCCUUUUGAACAGUGUUUGUUAGUAGGUUUGUAAGCAUUUUUUUGUUGUCAUUUUAGUUUUAUAAUUUGUAAAAAAUACACAUUCAGGUUGUUAAGCUAGUCUUCUUCUUUGUUUAAAGAAAGUUUUAGGAAGCCAACUCUUUAUAUUAUACUCAUUCCAAAGACUGAAGUAAUUUCAACACAUUUCAACAUAUUAUCAUAAUACAACAUUCAUUUUAUCAAAUUAGCAAAAGAAAGAAGUGAUACAAAAAAUUGCAUUUCUUAACAAAAAACAUCUAUUAUAACCAUUAUUUUUGGUCAGCAUACAUUUAUUUUACAGAGCUUAGUUUACAUCUUAAUAUGUAAUAAUGAUUUGCACUAUUAUUCUUUAUAAAACAGACAAAAACCCAUUUGUUUAUUUUGCAGCAUACAGUAUUAGAAUAUAAAAAGUCUUAAUGAACUUAAGAUGAAGUUGAGUUUGUUUACAUUAAUCAUUCAUCAGUUUUAUCUGCUUAAAAUAAUCAGUAUGUGUCCUGUCAAAUUAAUCCGACUCAGAAUAUUUAGUUUGUGCACUUGCUAUUAUUCCUCAAGCAAUCAGCAUCUGUUUAAAGCAACACUCCACUAUUUUGGAAAUAGGCUUAUUUUUGUUUAGCUUGGCAUAAAUCAUUGAAUCACAUUAGAUUAGGGGUGUCCAAACUCGGUCCUGGACGGCCGGUGUCCUGCAUAUUUUAGCUCCAACUUGCCUCAUUACACCUGCAUGGAAGUUUCUAGAAAGCCAAAUGAGACCUUGAUUAGCUAGCCCAAGUGUGUCUGAUUGGGAAUGGAACUAAACUUUGCAGAACACCGGCCCUCCAGGAUUGAGUUUAGACACUCCUGCAUUAGACCAUUAAUAACUUGUCAUGGUACUGCAGCAAAGUUCUUUGAUUAUUACGUCAGAAUGAGAGUAUAGUUCCUAGUAAUAUAGACAUAAAAACAGCAACUUUUAAUUUUCCAUUGGUCUUAAUACACACCUUAACUACAGAAGAAUUAAGUUUUAAAUAGGAAAAUUAUUGAAAAUCUUUUUUGAAGGGUGAGGCAGUGGCGCAGUAGGUAGUGCUGUCGCCUCACAGCAAGAAGGUCGCUGGUUCGAACCUCGGCUCAGUUGGCGUUUCUGUGUGGAGUUUGCAUGUUCUCCUUGCCUUUGCGUGGGUUUCCUCCGGGU